AUGCAUAUUGUCAUACAAUUCGUAAUAGAAGUAAUUUUAAGUUGUUAACAAUUAUAAUGUUUUUCUUAUUUAUUAUUUCAUAAUGGUUUGCUUGCUUUUGCUUUUGCAGAACCAAAAUGACUCGGUACGCAUCGGAACCCGAGAACCCCACGAAAUCUGCGAAGGCAAGGGGUUCUUACCUGCGUGUUCAUUUCAAGAACACACGGGAAACGGCUGCUGCUGUCAAGCAUAUGCAUUUGAAGAGAGCUACCAGGUACUUGAAGAACGUGAUUGCAAAAAAGGAAGUCGUCCCCUUCACCCAUUUCAAUGGUGCUGUGGGCAGAAAAGCUCAGGCCAAAGCCUGGGGAGUCACACAGGGCAGAUGGCCAAAGAAAAGUGCAGAGUUCUUACUUCAGCUCUUGAAAAAUGCUGAAAGCAAUGCUGAAUUUAAAGGUUUGGACACAGACCACCUGAUCAUUGAACACAUUAUGGUGAAUGCUGCCCCUAAGAUGAGGAGGAGAACAUACAGAGCCCACGGCAGAAUUAACCCAUACAUGAGCAGCCCAUGCCACGUAGAGGUGAUCCUUGCCGAGAGAGAACAGGCUGUUCCUAAGCCAGUCGGUGGCGAGGAUGAGCCAGUGAAGAAAAAGGUCUCACAGAAAAAGUUGAAAAAACAAAAGUUGAUGAUGAGGGAUUAGACAUUGCUUGUACUGUUCAGCUAAAUAAAGAGAAAAAUGCCGAUAAA